CUCAAAGCUUCGACGGACAAAGUAAGCUGCACAGCACAUCGACUUCGACCAACAGCGAGAUCGCGGACAUGGCCUCCGAAGAUGGCGACGUUCAGAUCGUGCCGGACAGUCAAUUUGUGCUCUCGUGUGAGAACGAACUCACCGGCCACAGGUGUGCCAAAUGAAAACUUCAGGAGUUUGGCAGCUAAACAUUUUCAGCAUCCGAGUCUUCAUAUGCCCCAUUGUCAUGGCACUGGCAUUUCCGAUCUUCCAAGAGACGCUACAGAAACGCAUGACAGCCAAUUCCUACGACGAGGACAUACAGCAGAGUAUCCGUCACGCUCGUCUGCUGCCAUAUCCAAGCGAGACCGUCGAUCUGCGCACGAAAUUGCAGAGCUCACCACGUUGCGUUGAAGAGCUGGAAAUAAGCGUUGCGACAUGCCAACCGGCAGUGUGGGUGAAUCUGUGUUGGGCCAUGCACCGCGAAUUCUACUGGCGUCAAGACUUCUCUCUGACGGGGAUGUCGGCAAUGCUGGACGUCGUUGGAACCUACGAGAUCUCUGGGCGUGCAAAGUACACAGUCUGCAGCCAAAUCUGCUGGACCCUUGAGAACGCAGCAAAGACAGCGCUGGACCUGCCAUAUGACGAUGCGAGACUGAAGAGCCUCCUUCACAUCGCCUCUCGGCUGCACGAAAACGGUACAAGCAUGAAGUACCUCAGCAGCGCCUGCCGGUCUAUCCUAGAACUGGUGCCGUCAACGAUGUCUCGAGCAUCUCUGCUCAGCCAACAGCUCCUCGAAGACGAGUGUGACGACGUCCUGGAACACCGCGUUGACAAAGUGCACAAGAUCUUAUGCGCACUCAAAGAAAAGGUCAAAAGUGAAACGAAAUCUACAAGCGUGUGCCCAAAUGGCUGCUCCUACGUCAGUAACCGAGGCCCUGCAUUUGUUCGCCAUCUUUUUGAGCUCAAACUCUUGCCAGUAGACGAGCUGUUAAUGCAAUCUGCUCGUGAGAUUGGCUCCAAACUGAAGAAUUUCAGUCUCGAGCAUCUAAGUCAGCUCAAGCCGUGCUCAGGACGAAAAGGUAUUGAUUGCAAAGGCAUGCAAAUGGUGAGCACAUCCAAGCUGGUCAAAGAAAUCCGUUCGUUAGCGAGGCAUCUCGAUGACAGGUACGAUGUAUCCUGCCUUGCAUGCCUCUGUGGUGUCGAGAUCGAACCGCACAGAUGCUGGGACGAAGAAGGAAAUGCGAUUGAUCUGUGAAUAUUGCAUCAGGAGAAGAUAUAAUGAGCACAGUGAGAGGCCAGAACCGCAAGAGUGACACGAAGAAGACAUCAACCACACAUAAAGACGGGCGGAUUGUCUUGAACGGGCGGAGUGAUAUAGGUAAGAUACGGUCG